AUGCACUUGACCAGGAUUGCCGUGGGAGCUGGCUUGGCUCUGGCUUCGGCCAUCAGUGCCCAGAGCGAGCCGAAGCCCAGCAACCCAUCAACUGCCAGUGUGACAGAUGAUUACAUGGGCCCUGCUGCCUUUAUGUGGCCGCCUGACAGAGUGUGGUCGGGCGACAUGGAUAAUCAGGAGCCUUGCGGCUCUCGUGCCGCCGCCGGAAACAGGACAAAAUUCCCCAUCACUGGAGGUGCCGUUGCUCUUGUUGCUCAGGACGACUACUACAAUAGCAAGAUCAGCAUCUCAUAUAAGCAGGAUCCCCAGACAAACACCGACUUCAGUGUUCUCGUCGAGACCAUCGACAUUAGCGAUCUGAACCCUGGCCACACCUGCGUUCGAGUUCCGGAUGCCCCUUCACGGGUUACCGCAGGUACCAAUGCAACUCUCCAGAUCAUCUACAAGGCCGACUGGGACGCCCCCCACAACCAGACAUUCUAUGCCUGUGCCGAUAUCACCUACGUUGAUGCAGCGGACUUCAAGUUGCGUAUUCCUUGCUUCAACGCCACUGAGCCAGGUGAAGACGACAAGAAGUUCGCAGCUGAAAAAGAUAAGCCCGCCGGUGACUCUAAGAACUCUGAGACGCCAACCACUGGAAGUAGCGGUGGAUCUGGGUUGAAGGGCGGUGCCCUGGCUGGCGUUAUUGUCGGUUCAAUUCUUGGUGCUUGCAUUAUCGCAGCUGCUGGCCUCUUCCUGUACCGUCGUAGAGAACAGAGGCUGAGACAGCUGCGGCUUGCUCGGAUGGAGGAAAACGCCAAGAAGUCCGACUACCGAGAUGAUAGGUCUGUAGAGCUUAUUUAA